UAGAGUCUAAAGGUGACUUUCUCCACGUGGUCGAGCUUCUAACAAAGUAUCACAAAGUGUCCAGUUCUAUACAGGCAAGUCUAUUGAGCUAUGGCGUCUCUCCAGCCGGUAAAUAUAUUCCAGAGAGGAGCAGAGGAAGAGCGAGCAGAGACAGCAAGGCUGUCCUCGUUUGUGGGUGCUAUUGCCAUCGGCGACCUCAUCAAGUCCACCCUCGGACCAAAGGGAAUGGACAAAGUGCUUGUCUGCAAUGGUCCCCAUGACAACGGUAUCCAGGUAACCAACGACGGAGCCACCAUCCUCAAGAGCAUUGGUGUGGACAAUCCUGCAGCAAAGGUUCUAGUAGAAAUCUCCAAGGUUCAGGAUGAUGAGGUUGGAGAUGGUACUACCAGUGUCACCGUGCUAGCCUGCGAGCUGCUCAGGGAAGCGGAGAGUCUGAUCUCACGGAAGAUCCACCCUCAAACGAUUGUGAGUGGGUGGAGAAGAGCGGUAGAUUGUGCACGAGAGGCACUCACCAAGGUUGCCAGGGACAACAGUGCCGACACUACCAAGUUUGAGGAGGAUCUGAUGAAUAUCGCUCGAACUACGCUGAGCUCUAAACUGCUGACUCAGCACAAGAACCAUUUUGCCAAACUCGCUGUACAGGCCGUGUUACGCUUGAAAGGUUCCGGCAAUUUAGAGGCCAUCCAGAUAAUCAAGAAACUAGGCGGAGAGAUGAGCGACUCGUACCUAGAGGAAGGAUUUCUACUAGAGAAGAAGAUUGGUGUGAACCAGCCUAAGAGACUGGAGAAAGCUCGCAUCCUCAUCGCCAACACUGCCAUGGAUACUGACAAGAUCAAGGUGUUUGGGUCCAAAGUACGUGUGGACUCCACUGCCAAAGUAGCUGAACUGGAAAUGGCCGAAAAAGAGAAAAUGAAGGAUAAGGUUGAUCUCAUUCUCAAGCACAACAUCAACUGCUUCAUUAACAGGCAGCUCAUUUACAACUAUCCCGAGCAGCUGUUUUCCGAUGUGGGAGUCAUGGCAAUAGAGCACGCUGACUUUGAGGGCAUAGAGCGAUUGGCGCUGGUAUUGGGCGGAGAGAUUGUAUCGACCUUUGGUGACCCCGAGAAGGUCAAGAUCGGAACAUGCGACGUUAUUGAAGAGAUUAUGAUCGGAGAGGACAUGCUGAUUCGCUUCUCUGGUGUGGCCCUCGGUGAGGCUUGCUCCAUCGUGAUUCGUGGAGCUACUCAGCAGAUCCUGGAUGAGUCAGAGCGCUCUCUCCACGAUGCUCUCUGUGUACUACAGCAGACCGUCAAGGAGACCAGGAUAGUGUUCGGAGGAGGUUCGUCUGAGAUGCUGAUGGCCAAUGCAGUGCAGGAGCUAGCCUCUCUCACUCCUGGCAAGGAGUCCAUGGCAAUGGAGGCAUUCGCUAAAGCACUGAGACAGCUGCCCACUAUUAUUGCUGACAAUGCAGGUUACGAUAGCUCUCAGCUCAUCUCUGAACUGAGGGCACUCCACUCCAAGGGACAGGUUACCAUGGGACUCAACAUGACUGAGGGGUGUGUCGGGGACAUGGUGGAGUUGGGCAUCACUGAGAGCUUCCAGGUGAAGCGGCAAGUGCUGCUAUCGGCAGCGGAGGCGGCAGAGAUGAUCCUGAGGGUGGAUGAUAUACUCAAGUCUGCUCCUAGGCAAAGGUCACAAGAUCACGGACACUAAACUGAACACACUAGACUUGUGUUACCAUAGUUACCAUAUCUCGUAUGUAUGUAUAUGGAGCGUUAUAUUAUUAUCUUGUGGAUAUCGUAUAGUAUGAAAUAAUAAUUUUAUUAUAAGUUGUA